AGAAAUUAUAUAUAUAUAUCGCCCCACCAAAUUUUCUUUUCAUUUAUAUAUUUAUCAUUAUUCAUUAUCAUUAUCAUCGGCGAUUUGACCGGCGGUGAGCUUACGACGACCGUAAUCGGCAACGGCGGAAUCUACGGAGGCGGAGAAUAAUUAGAUAUGGCGGAGGAUAAGUAUAAUCUGAAGAAUCCAGCGGUGAAGAGAAUAUUACAGGAAGUUAAAGAAAUGCAAUCUAAUCCUUCUGAUGAUUUCAUGAGUCUUCCUCUUGAGGAGAACAUAUUUGAAUGGCAAUUUGCAAUCAGGGGUCCGCGAGAUUCUGAGUUUGAAGGGGGUAUUUAUCAUGGACGAAUCCAGUUGCCCGCUGAAUAUCCUUUCAAGCCUCCUUCUUUCAUGCUUUUGACACCUAAUGGACGUUUUGAAACCCAGACCAAGAUAUGUUUGAGUAUUUCUAAUCAUCAUCCUGAGCACUGGCAACCGUCAUGGAGUGUUCGCACGGCGCUGGUAGCCCUGAUCGCAUUUAUGCCUACCAACCCAAAUGGUGCCCUUGGAUCACUUGAAUAUACAAAGGAAGAAAGGCGUGUUUUAGCUAUUAAAUCUCGUGAUGUGGCUCCAAAAUAUGGGACUCCUGAGCGUCAGAAGCUGAUUGAUGAGAUACAUGAAUACAUGCUAAGCAAAGCACCCCCAGUUCCUCAAGCUACUCCCUCACCAGCUCCCGAAGAACAGAACAGUAAUAGAGAGGACGAGGCUCAAGCCCAAGCGAGUCCUGAGAAGCCCACCGAUGAAGCUGCUGAAGAAACCCAUCCUAAUCCAUCCGUUGCUGACACCACUACUGAAGAGAGACGCGAAUUGGCUUUAGAUGCUGCUGAUCCUGUACCGGCCCCUGUACAAGCCCCUAUAGAGCCCCCUGCUUUACGGCGUAAUGAGCAUCGGAUAAUGCGCACACCUCAACAGACCAUUCCGAGGCAAGCUGAUGACCGUCUAUUCACAUGGGCAGCGGUUGUACUUACAAUUGCAAUACUCGCACUUCUGUUGAAGAAAUUCAUGAAAGCUAACGGCCACGGCGCUGUCUUCAUGGAUGAAUCGUAAAUCCACCAGGCAGUAAAUAUGGAGUUCAACACAGCAAUAUAUCUGGCAAUUUACUUCACCUUCAGCCAACUUAUGCCGAAACAAAUGUAGUAUAUUUAUCCUUUUGCAAUUGUGACAUCGAUUAUAAAAGAUUGUCCGAUGAGUAAACAUGAUUUACCAUAUGUUAUUUUAAUAGUUCUCUUGUAUAGAUAAAAAAACAUUUCUUUUUAUGAGAUGUGUAGAAGUUAAGAUGAACCAAAGAAAUUCAGUUUGAUAUUGGCUGGUUUCUAUGUACACUGUUCAAGUGAAAGUCUAAUACAGUCGGAUCUCUCUGCAACACCUUACUAAGAUGGUCAAGUUUUCUUUUGAA